ACCCCCGGUUCCGCAUCCGAUAAAUCCCGGAUUUAGGAGCACGAUGAAGACAUGAUCAAGGUCUUAAGUGUCGGUUUGAAAUGUAAUGGAGGCCUACAUCGACUAUUCCGUCUCAUAACCUCACAGUCCGUGACUUCUCAGUUCUCCGAUCUCCAGGUGGCUUGCACUCCGUUUUCCUCGCGUGUGUAUGGCGUGUGUAUGUCCGUGUGCGUCCGAGUCCCAAGGCUGUGUCAUUGCAUUUCAUUAGUGAUGUGGAACUUUUCAGUAACAGAAAUAUGACGAAAAUGGUCCAGUCGAUAACAUUUUUAUACGUCGCCGUUUGUGCACUUAUCGCAACAACGUCUCUAUGUUCCGCUGCGAUUUCAGAUAAGCGGUUAUGUUACGACCCCAACUGUUCCGUACCGGUUUCACUGGCCAGGACCAUCAUUCGGUACAACUCUCGGUAUGCAGGGAUCCUCGGAUUUAACAUCAACCAAGAGGUCGAGGUAUUCAGUAAGUCCGCAGGGAACAGGAUGGAUCUCUGGGGUGUUAAGAUACGAAACAAACGAGGAUAUGCCCCUUAUAAGUUUUUACGAGAGUAUAAGGUUUUUCAUCACAACUUGACAUAUGAGGUAUCAACGGAAGAGGCAAAAGAGCCAAUCGAUGAAAGUACUCCUCAUAAACAACCGAAUGGUAAGAAAUCAUUGGAUGAAAAACGAUCAGAUUCCAUCUCUGUAGACAAAGAUAAAUCUGGUCAAGCUACUACACUAAAUAUAGAAGAUAUAUCUCCAUCUUAUGAAGUAGUGGAUGGAACAACGAUCUAUUAUACAUCUGAUGAAUUGUCCGAUCAGCCUAGUUACUCUACCAAAAUUGUGGAAAAUGUGCGAUCGAAUGAACAACCUAUUCUUACUGUCCUUCCACUUAUGAUUACGGAUGAUAUCGUGACACUUGCUUCUCCUGAACCAGAAAAAGAAAGCACGGCAUCGAAGGAAACAACUGUGCCAGGCAUUGCCAACAUGCCAUCAUUGCAGGUUCCCAGCGAUAAUUCGGAACAAAAACUUUCCGAUGUUGAAAAAGAUCUACACUCAGAGAAAUCAGAAUCUAAAUCUCUCGAACAGCCUGCAUCGUUACAUCAAUCCGUCGAUUCUUCAGCACCAGCUGAUAGUAUUGAAAAGAAAGAAACUGAACCUGUGAAUGAUGAUAUAGUUACAGAUAAUACUAAAGAGGAAAAGAAGGGUGAGAAUGAUAAUUUAAAACAGAAUGAAGCAAAAGAAGGUGCUUUUAGUCAACAAUGUGCUGAAACAGAAUUCUCGACUAAAGAAAACGGUGUAGAAAUUGGAGAAGAGGUUAACGUGGAUUCGAAUGUAAACGUUUCUCUUCCACUAGAAGCAACGGAAGCUUCAACGGUCUGUGAUAAUUGUACGACUGAAAAACUUCACGUAGAAGAAGCUUCUCCUAACUUUGAUGAGAAAGUCAAUAGAGAAGCGUCAGCUGUAAAAUUGAAAGGUAUCGAUUCAUCUUCCAACACGGUGCCUUCAGUGAGUGUUCCUGUGGAUGCAAAGCCUGACGAGGUAGUCCAGGAUGUAAUUUCUUCAAGCGAAGAUAAUAUUGCACCCAUAGAAGAAACUAUUAAGGAGAUUCCAGAUGAAUCUAAAACUGAUGGAAAUACCCAUGUAAGUUUAAACGAAGAUACCAACAAAGAUGAGCAAAUGACGGAACAGAAUGGAGAAACCAUAGAAGAGAAGCCUAUCCUUCCUAAGGAUGAUGUAAUAGUGGAUAACAGCCAGGAUAAAGUGCCAGAUUAUGUAACUAAUGAUGUUACCCCUGAAAAAGAUAUCACUGUUCGUGAAAAUCAGGACACAUCGGUAGAUAAUGCACGGAAUGGAGAUAUAACUACUGAUAAAAAUGAGGAUACAGUGGUUAUAAGUGUCAAGGAGGAUGAUUCACUUGCUGAUAAAAUUCAGAAUACAACGGCAGAAGUACUUACUGAUUCUGUUAUCGAUACUGAAAGAGUGAAUGACAACGAUGUUCAACCACAGGUGGAUAGUUCCAUAGAUCGAGGCAACCAUAGUUAUGUUAAAUUAAACGAUUCUCUUCCUGAUGUUCCUAUCGAAUUAAAUACGCAAGAUAGCCAAGAAACAUUACAUACAAAUCUGAAGGAUGAAAAUGAGGCUACUGGUAGCGAUCAUCCAAACAUUCUUAUGCAACAUAUUGCGAGCUUCAACCAGUUUUUCUCUAAUCGAAAUUUACUGAAUGUAGAAGAGGUUCGCCAGCCUGAUAAUCAAGUGUCGCAGACUGAUGCAGAAAAAUCUACCGAGAUCGAUCAGCCUGUAACCGAAGUCUCUCCUCAAUAUGAAGAAGUAACCAAUGAAGUAGUGAUAACAGAACACGUACCGAUAAAUACUACCCUUGAUGAAGAUGUGGAUACAAGCAAUACAGAAACCGAAUAUCAGGUGGCAGAAAUUGGAGAGUGCAGUGCGGACUUUAAUUGUCCGAAGGAUACAGAGAGUCAAGUAAAGGACGUUAACGAGGAAACUGAAUAUAAGCCUUCUGAACCGGAGGAGAGUGCCAUUAUACAUGCAGCAACUUCUGGUCGAAGUUACUGGGAAACGUUAACGUAUGUUGGUAUUACAGCAUUUACGACGCUUCUGUUCUCGCUGGGUUAUUAUUACAUCGAGAAUAUGAGGCGAGACAACCAACUCAUAGCAAGGAUAAACCAAUUGGAGAAGGAAUUGCUGGUAUCCGUUAAGGAAUGCAUCGUGCUGGAUGAAAACCUAAAGUCUACUAAAAGUAAAUUAAAUUCUAUCGAGGACGAAUCUUUUGGGUCCAAUGAGAUGGUUAUAUCUUUGAAAUCUGAUCUAGAAGCUUCGCAGACAGCAAAGGCAGAGUUGGAAGAGCAAAUUGUCGUUCUGGAGAAAGAACUAGAAAGCGCUACGGAAGCUGGUUUGGAGUUGGAACGAAUGCUUAGGGAAAUUCUCUCCACGAACAACGAAGACAACCCUCUUGCUCAAACCGUGGAGGAUCUGCAAUCCCGUCUAAAUGCUCAACAAGCAACAAAUGAAUCUUUAAUCAACAAGCUCAAUCUCAAGACACAAGAGAAUGAAGCCCUCUCGUCGGAAUUGGCGAGUGCUAAUGAAAAGUGGCAACAAUUAGAGGUAGAGGUUUCGUAUCUGAGGGAAGAACUGAAGACCUUAAAGAAUGAAACACAACGUGCACUAACGGAUAAAAUAGAAGAAUUGGAGAGUAAAAUUGCUGAGAUGUCGGCUGAGAAAGUCAAUAUACGGAAACAACUGAAGAACAAGGAGAUGGAAGUGAAAGACCUUUUGGACUUAGUUAACCAAAUAAGUUCCAACAGCCUGGACCUCGACAAAAUUUACAAUGUUUCUCGAAUUAAAGCCGAAGCGAGCCAAAUUCUCGAGGAGAGGGACGAGUUGAAAAUCAAAUUAAGCGAGGUUGAAGGAGCUCAUCAACUGCUCGAAGAACACAUGAACCUGGUUAGGGAGGAAAUCACGUCUCUUAGCGAGCAGUGCAGACUUGCGGAGAAGGAAAAGAGGGAGGCGGAAACGCGCCUGGAGGUUCUGUCGAAGUUCUUCAAAGAGAAGGAAGCCGAACGGCAAAAGGAGGAAGCGGUGUGGCUGCAGAAACAAGGAGAAGUCACUUCGACCGUAGAAAGGAUACAGAUGAUGCAGGACGAAUUGCAUAACUAUAAACAGCAAGUUGAAAUGUUGAAACGGGAAAUAUUUGAUCAAGAACGGGAGUACAAAAACCAGAUAUCCAUCCUGGAAACGAAGUCGCACGAGCAGUGGGUUGUUGCACGACAGAACGAACGACGUUUGGAAGAAUCGAAGGCUGAAGCAAGUCAGCUUCGCCAUCGAUUGACAUUGGUGGAGAAAAACAUUAACGAAGCUGAACCCGAAGCCAAAUUGCAUCGUCUGGAGGCGAACGGGGAGACAGUGGCGUCGCCGGCGCUCUACCUGGGCGCGGACCAGUCGGGCUCGCCGAUAAUGUUUAGCGGUUCCUCGGGCGUGCCCCCGCCGCCGCCGCCGCCGCACUCGUACAUGUUCGAGCCCCCGCUGCCGCUGUUCCUGCCGCCGCCGUUGCACUCCCCGGGGCUGUCGCCCUACGACGUGAGCCAGCGACCGCCCCCAUUGGGCGGCCGCCUCUCGUCGCCCCCUCCACUGCCGCCGCGAGCGCCAAUCGGCGAGCGGUACAACGCGACCGGCUCCCCUCCACCGCCGCUGUCGCCCCCACCACACCUCCUCCCCUACGGCCAUAGGCGCUCGCCUCCCCCACCCUUCCCGCCUGGGCGUGGCCUAUCCCACCACCCGCCCCCGCCGGCCCCAUCGGCGUCGAUGAUGCCGCUGCACCUGGGACCCUCCUGGCCGAAGGAGCCGCCUAUGCGCGCCCCUGGCUUCCAGCCACACCAGAGGGAGCAGCGCUCGCGCAACCACAAGAAAGGUUCCUUACAUUCAUCGAGAGAGUCGCUGGACGAGAUGGAGCGCAACGGGAAAGUUUAGCCUUUCUGCCAGUCAAGGAGACUAGAUGAUACCGAGAUUCUGUGAAAUUAUCUUCGAUGGACUUCAGUCUGGAAGGUGCAAAACUUGGGACGAACGUAUUUGAAACAUACGUGCAAUGUUGGGACAGAAUCGCUCUGGAAGAUACUACUAUUCAUAGGCGGGAUUUUUCAACGUAGCUUCGCCGCCCCCUUUCGACCAGACUUGUAACUAAAUCGUUAUUUCGCAUCGUUACGCCGAGUAGUGAGGAAGGCGUAUUAUAACUUGUAAUUUUUAAACCGAAGGCUACUGCAGUAGGAGAUUUUUAUAUAUGUAUCCAGGAACGUGGAGAACCUGUAUGAUUUUUAAAAUCAUAUUAAUAGCGAAUUCAACGAUAGUCUGUAAAACAAUUCAAAUGAAUCUGUAACGAACUGGUAAUCGUUGUAUGUGAUUUUGAGAGGUCAAAAUAAAAUGUAAUUUAUUCUU